AUGAAAUUAUCUAUUAUUAUUUUAAGUAUCUUAUUCUUUGUAACUCUUGCCAACUGUCAAGGAACUUGUGGAACUGAAUUCUUUUGUACCGAUGACACUGCCUGUCAGCAAUGCUAUGCUCUCAAUAUGUCUGUAUGCUACGAAGCCAAGGUUUACCUGGAAAGUUCAGCAUGGGUUAAGAAUGAUCUCUCUUUGAGCGUCUACUGUGAAGGUAUCGAAUGUUAUCUCAACACGUAUUCCGAUGGUUCCUGCCAAACCGUAGAUUACUCAACUUUACUCCAAGAGACCUCUCAAUGCAACUCUUGUUACGGUAUUAAUGGAGCUAUGACAUUCGAGAUCCAAGGAACCAGAAUUUACACCUAUGCGUUGUCAACUUUGGAAUCAGAGAAACAAAUUGGAAAAGAAAUUGAAACAUUGAAGGUUGUAGACACCAUUAUCAGAACAACCCCAAUCAGUCUAAAAGGAGAAGAAUUAUAA